AUGACUGGCAUCGAAGAAAGAGAAGGCUCGACACUGGCUUUAUUGAAUCAGUGGUGCAGCAAGAAGUCACCGUCUGAAGCAACCGUUGAGCAUCUAAUCAAUGCAUUGAAGUCAUCUGAUAUAAGUGAUGGUGCUAACAUUAUGCAACAGUACUGCAAGCCUAUGGAUGACGUACAACCUGUUUCUGUAAUUUCUCGCAAAUUCAAGAUGGAGUUGAAUGAAGUCAAAUCAAUCAAAUUAGAUCUUGGAGAUGGCAAGUAUGUCAAAUUCCAUCAGACAUUUUCUGUCAAGGAAACGAUUUCAGCACAAGGUGGCAUUCUAAGCUGUCCAAAAAAUGAGCAAUUUAUUUUUAUUCCUUCAGGUGCUUUGCUGUCGGACACAAUCAUUGAAGCUACAGUUUAUCAUGUUGUUGACUCAGUUGGACUGGACAGCACAGAAUUUGUGACAAGCAUGUUGGAGAUCACUCCUCACGACCUCAAAUUUCAGAAACCUAUUGAAAUUUUGAUGUCUCAUCAUCUGUUUGUCGAUGGUGAUGGCAGUAAGGUCACAGUUUUAUUUCACAGUGGUGCAUCGACAGUCAAUAGCUUUACAUCUCUUUGUGAAUUGACAUCAGUUAACGAGUCUCGUGUGGCUAAUGGCAUGAUGAUGACUCUUUGGGAAGAUUUCAUUCACAUUGAAACUUCUCAUAUUUGUAUGCUUAAGGCAAUUUGUAAAGGCAAAUCUUUCAUUAAAGUUUGGGCCUUGCUGUUUUCCCAUAAGACUCCAGACCAAUUUUGUUUUCGGCUGUUUCUUACAAAAAGUCUACCUAAGUCUACUGAUGACAUUUUUGAAGACAUGAAAAUGACUGGCUGUGAAUUUGAACGCAGGUAUUGCACACAGGUAACGUUAACUUGCGGAAAAAAAGAAAAUUUACAAGUGACUGUUGAGAUUCCUUCAAGUGCACAUGGAUGGGCAGCAAAGACAAAUUCUGAUUUGAGUCAGACCAUUCUCUAUAAAGAUAUUCAAAAUUUGGUCGUCCAAGAUAGGCCAUAUAUUAGCACAGACUUUGCUUUUGAUAAAACAUCGGAUGUUGGUGUAACUAAUUUUGCCCCAGUGUUUGUGCUGAAUCGUAGUCGAUGUGUUCUCUCUUCAUCAUCGACUUCUAGACAAACAGCUGAUGCUGUUUCAACUGGUAGUCAGCAAAACAACGUUUCAGACAUGGCAUGUGAUGGACAGCACCAGACGUUAGCGUAUGCCAGCCAGUCACAGCAACUUCAUGAAAAAGUUGCUGUCACACUUGAUAAUCAUGAUAGAUCAAGCUCGUUAGACCACAAGGAUGCUAAUCGCAAUGCCAGUACAGGGUGUGCUGAACAAGAUGUGCAACCUUCAUUAAAUUCAUCUGACUUGAGACAAAGUUACCAACAUCUUGACUUAGAUAGGGUUGUUACAAACAGUGAUAUCCAAUUUGUUUCUACAUAUGAGAAAGUGGCCCAAAUGUCAUUGCAAAUAGGGUGGUUGAUGCUAAAAGGGGAUGGCUAUAGCUGUACACUUAAGGAGGUGAGAGACACUGUUAUGAAGGACGUUCUGGAUCAACCAGAUUGUACAAAGCUUACUCACAUGAUUGAGGAAUGGAUGCACCGUUCAGGAAACAGAGCAACUGUUAGAGCAUUGAUAGAAAUCUGUUGUGAUCCUAUGAUUGGUGGUGACCGGAAUUAUAUGGAGUGUACACUUACCUCACCCUCUCAGCUUUACAAAUCGUCUUUUGAAACUGAUUUGUCAACAAUACAUCAUAGCAAGGUGAGACCAGAAGAUCUGGUUGCUGCGGCAAGUGCAGUGGGUGUAAAGUGGGAGGAGUUUGCUGCCAGGCUAGCACCAGUUCUGUUUAGUGUUGACAAGACAGAACAGAUUAAAGAGCAGUAUGGCAAACCUUUCACUCAGUGUCGUGUGAUGUUGGAGGAAUGGGCAAACAGUUUAGACAGGAAAGCUACCAAUGGGUCAUUGAUUGCAGUGAUGUUGAAGAUGAGUAUGAGAAGACAAGCUAAUGAAAUUUUUGGAGAAAGGCUUGUGGAACAUGUGGAAAUAGUGCCUGUUAAUUGAUAUCAGAUCUGAAACUGCAGCUGCCAACUAUUUCAUGAUCACACACGUAAAGUCCACGACACUGAUUUGAUCAUAUUGACCCAUGCAGAGAGUUGGCUAGAUGUCUACAGUGUCUUAGUUAUUGCAUGUACAGCAUAUUUUGCUAGACACAAUUAUUACUUGCAAAUUUUCAAUUUACUCUUAGUAGCAUUUUGUAAUAUUGCUUUGCGGCUUCGAUCAUGGUUUUUAGUAUAUCAAGCAGUAAAAAUAAAAAAAUUAGGGAUUGACUUUGACUCAACCAGUACUUAGUAACCCUACUAACUAACUAA